AUGGCGACGGCUCUGACAGCCACCGCCGGCAGCACGCGUCUCCGAGCUCCCCACCCCGCCACCGAUAUGAAGCUGGCUGUGCUCCUCGCUGUGGUGUGCCUGGCGGCUUCCAGCCAGGCACUCAAGUGCUACACCUGCAAGUCGACCAGAGACAUUCCUGGAGUGUCUCUUGGCGCGGCGCUGAGCAUGCUCACCUCGGCCCCGCCCUGCACGGAGUUCGACGCCGGCAGCCCCGACGACAAAAAGUUCCUGAAGGAGUGCACGGUGGUGGCCGACAAGUCCUGCAUGAAGAUCACCGACCCCAAGGACAGCGCCAACGAGAUUCGCGGCUGUUACCCUAAGAAGAAAAACGAGUGCAAGGACAACAGCUGCUACUGCGACACGGACAUGUGUAACGGCUCGGAGCGCGGCUGGCCGUCGGCCGUGCUGCUGCUCUCGGCCAUCAUCGCAGCGCUCCUGGGAGGACGCUAG